AGCAUUAUAUUCUCACAAACUGAUAAAAAAAAGAACAAUGAAAAUGGAGGCGAGGAACACAGGAAUGCCGCUGGACCUGGCGUGGGUGCAUGGGGUGCGCAUCAACCUGCCGUCAGUGAAGAGGCGAGCAGACUCCCUGGGGGCACGGCGCUGUGUCAAGAAGCAGUGGCAGGCGGCCUGGCUGCUGCGGGCCGUCACCUGUAUCGACCUCACUACUUUGUCCGGUGACGACACAGACAUCAAUGUGGAGCGUCUGUGUCACAAGGCGGCCCAUCCAGUGCGGCGGGACUUGAUGGAGGCGCUGGGCAUGGCAGAGAGCGGCCUGCAGUGUGGCGCUGUCUGUGUAUACCCUGCACGUGUCGCUGGUGCUGUCGCCACGCUCAAGAGAAUUGGUGCUGAUAUUCCUGUGGCUGCUGUGGCUACCGGCUUCCCUUCUGGCCAGUACCACCUCAAGACUCGCCUGGAGGAGGUGCGGCUCACAGUGGCGGAUGGAGCGAGCGAGAUUGACAUUGUGAUUAACCGAGAGAUGGUGCUCAGCGGAAACUGGCAGGGUCUGUAUGACGAGCUGGUGGCGAUGCGUGAGGCCUGCGGGGAGGCUCACAUGAAGGCUAUCCUGGCGGUGGGUGAGCUGGGGAGCCUUACUAAUGUGUACAGAGCUUCCCUGGUGGCAAUGAUGGCUGGGGCAGACUUCAUAAAGACGUCCACAGGGAAGGAGGGAGUCAACGCCAUCCUUCCUGUUGGUGUUGUCAUGUGUCGUGCCAUCAGGGACUACUAUGAGAAGACUGGGGUGAUGGUCGGGUUCAAGCCUGCCGGGGGUCUGAGGCAAGCCAAGGACGCUCUGGUGUGGCUGGUUCUCAUCAAGGAGGAACUCGGAAAUGACUGGCUUAAUAACCAUAUGUUUAGGAUUGGUGCUUCAGGUCUGCUUGGGGACAUAGAACGACAACUGUUCCACUACGUUUACGGCCGUUACGCUGCCUCCUCUGAGCUGCCCAUGGCCUAGAGGUGGCGUGGCAGACUUACAUAUUGCUCAGUGUAGGACCACAUUCAUAAACACUUCACCACAACACCACCACUAUUUCAAAAGGUUCCAGUUUAAGUGACACAAGUUUUCAAGGGUGUUUUUAUGGUUCCAAUGACAAAUGAACAAGGUUACAACACAAUGCAGUGGAGAAACACCCUCACAUACCAGGCUAGUCAUCUCAGUGGCCUUGGAAAAUAGUGGUGGUGAGAGAACAGAGCGUUUCUUAAUGUGGACCCUAGUCUUUACAUGAGCUGCCUGGUGCUGUGUGAGUGGCUGCAGUGCUGGGUGUUCCUGUGUGUUGCUGUGUGUUCCUGGUGCUGUGUGUAAGAGUGGCUGCAGUACUGGGUGUUCCUGUGUGUUCCUGUGUGUUACUGAGUGUUUCUGGGUGUUCCUGUGUCACUGCAUGUUCGUGUGUGUUACUCUGUUGCUUGGUGACUCUGGUAUCCCUUCAAAGUGCUCUAUUUUUCGUGUGUGCUUGGUGAAGUUAAUGUUGAGAUCAUUACAAAUAUUUCACUGCUGUUCAUUACCUUACAGUGAUUUUGGUGCAUUUUGGUAUCACUUCAAGCCUGUUUUCACUGCUGUUCAUUAUCUUGGUGACUUGCGGUUGGGCUGGCUUGGUUCUGCUGCAGCCAGGAAUGUUUGUGUGGUGUCAGUAUGGUGCUGGAGUUUUUUAUAGUGUUAUUCUGUAUAAGGCAAGAAAUACUGACGUUUGGCAAGGACAGGUGCGAGUUAAGGGACGAUGGAUGCUAAAUACGAUGAAAAUUAAACUACUUUACUUAGCUUA